UAAUUGAAUGUGAGUGCCUGUUUUAAAGCUUUCGUUUUUUAUCAGAUUUCUCGCGUUCUAGCGAGAAUAAUUCCUCAGUACUCAUCAUGGGGCGUCGAUCUACGUAUACCACUAAAAGUGGCAAGUUUAUGAACCCCACAGACCAAGCAAGGAAAGAGGCGAGGAAAAGAGAGCUGAAAAAGAACAAGAAACAACGGAAAAUGGUUAGAGAAGCUGUCUUGAAAACUAAAGAUCCAAAAAGAAUUUUAGAUGAGAUAGAAAAGAUUGAGUCAGUUGAACUUGAUGCUGGUGUAGAACCUCUUCCCAAUGACAAAGCUCUAAAGGACAAGAAGAAGAAACUAAGAGAAACUCUAGAAAGAUUGCAGAAAUUAUUUGAAAAAAGUGAUCCUAGAAAGGCUGGAGAAAUACAAAAGUUGCUUUCUGACAGUGAACAGAGAAGAGUACAUGCCCAAAUAGAAGCUUAUGAAUCCAUGCAUGCAAAGCUAGAGGCUGAACAUUUUGCAAACAUUCCACUACCAACAAAUAUCCCUCUUCCACAUUCAGGGAUGUUGAUGCCAAGUGAUAUUCCUCUACCUGGACCACUACCAGGCCAACAGACAUUACCACCUGGACUUAUUCCACCAGGGCCACCCCCUGGGGAGCCGCCAGUCCCAUCAUCUACACCCUCAACUGCAGACAAAUCCAAGCCACUGCACCCUCCUGGAGUUAGUGAAUCAGAAGCCCCAGGUGUACAGGAAGAAGGUGAUGAAAAGGGCUAUGAUAGCGAUAGUGGAACAAGUGAGUCUGGUCUUGAUGAAGAUGAUUAUCAAAAAGAGAUGCGUUUAGGAGAUUACAGUACAAUGGACACUCAAGAUUUCACCAAGGAUGAUGGAAAAGAGAAACGAUCAGUCAGAUUUGAAGAUGAAGAGAAUGCCGAUAAUACUGCUGACCCAGAUGAUCCAACGUCUGCUGUACAAAGAGCUCUACUGAAGAUUGCAGGCCAAGCAAGCAAGGAAAAGACAUCAGAACAACGUCCAACACCACCUGGACCACCAGGAAUGCCACCCCGAGGCAUGCCUCCUCCUGGUCCUCCAGUGCAGCCAAACUCUCAAAUUCGACCUCCGCCACCAAGUAUGAUGGAGAACCCACCUCGCAUGUUUCCCCCGGGACCUCCACCAGGCCGACCACCAGGACCACCCCCAGGUAUGCCAGGGGGAAUGCCGCCAGGAAUGCCUCCUGGGAUGCCUCCAGGUCCUCCUCCUGGAAUGCCCCCAAAUAUGGCAGCACAGGUCAUGGGGAGAGGACCCAGGCCCCUCAUGCAGCAGCCAAUGAUGCCUCCAGGUCCACCUCCGAGGAUGCGUCCUCCAGGCCCACCCCCAGGACACAUGAUGCAAGGGUCAGUGCUGUCUGCGCCUCCAUCUGUUAUUAGUAAGCCUCCUACUGCACAUCAUGGUGGGGACACCCCAGCAGGAAUUCUCAAGAAAAAGGCAGGCCCAGUCAUAUCAGCCAAGCCGCAAAUACGAAAUACUCAGGCAGAACUUACCAAACUCGUGCCCACUUCUCUCAGAAUCAAACGCGAAGCGCCUAAAGCUAAAGCCAAAGGAAAAGCUGGCGAGACAUUUGAAACUGUACCGUCACAUCAUCCACGACAACAAGAACAAAAGAUUGAAGGGCAGGCAACUAAAGACGAUGCGUACGCCAUGUUUAUGAAGGAAAUGGAAGGCCUUUUGUAAAAUACAACAAGUAUAGGAAAUGUUGCUUUUCGUGUUAAAGUUAUAUACAGUGUACGGAAGCCGAAGUCGCUCAUGGACACGGAAUAUAUAUACGUACUUUGGUUAUUUGACUUCAAACAAGGCUUCUUGAAUAUGCAGGAGUUCUUGGUCAGCCAAACCAAAAGAGCAUGAUGCUUAGAUUCACAGCCCGACAAUUACAAGGAUUAUUUUAGAAGGACAAUGGAUCUUGAACUAGCAAAAAUUGAAGUAGCUAUAAUUGUUGUUUGUUGUUCUAUGGUGAUAAGACUAGUUUAGAGUCGAUUUUAAACGGUUUCCCUUUUUUUAAAAACAUCACUAAAAAGUUAAUAUACAAGAUCGUUAAUGGCUCCAAUAAUUUAUUAUAAGUCAAUAAUUUGUACACAACGUUUCUAUAUAUGCAAUAAACCAAUGCUAUUUCUACA